AUGUCUGUUACGCUCCAUACCACCCUCGGCGAACUCAAGAUCGAGGUAUUCUGCGAAGCAGUUCCAAAAGCGGCCGAAAACUUCCUUGCUCUAUGUGCAUCCAACUACUAUGACGACUGCCUCUUCCACCGCAAUAUCAAGGGUUUCAUGGUCCAAACUGGUGACCCGACUGGGACGGGGAAAGGUGGUCAAAGUAUCUGGGGAAAGCCUUUCCCAGAUGAGAUCCGCUCCACUCUUAAAUUCAAUGCGCGAGGUAUGGUGGCCAUGGCAAACGCUGGCGCCGACACCAAUAAGUCCCAAUUCUUCGUCACCUACUCGAAACAGAGCCACCUCGAUGGUAAGUAUACGAUAUUCGGCAAGGUGAUUGAUGGGGCAGACUCGACUUUGGAUGCGAUGGAGAGAGUACAAGUAAACGCGAAGAAUCGACCGUUGGAAGAGUUCAGAUUGACCCAUGUAACGAUACACUCGAAUCCAAUUGCGGACGCGCUAUUGACCAGAUAA